AAUUUGUUUCCUGACUAAAAAUUUUACAAUCCUAAAAUCAUUCGUUUUUUCAAACAAUCUCAAUGGUUUGUGUACAAGGAUUAUCUAUAUGCAAUUGAAUUUUAUCAAUUUUUGUACAUUUUUAAGCAUAAUAAGGGAGUACUCAAUCAGUAUUGAAAUGAAUGGUAGUAGACAUCCAGACAAGUGCAAGGAGUUCAACAAUGUGUUGUAUAGUGUUUUUAACAAAGUCGUGAACGGAAACGAAGCUAUAAAAACAAUGAAGGUGCCUGAAUGGCAUAAAAAAUAAUGGGGUAUGGGAAUUCGUCAUGUGGGAUAUGAGGUGUGCAAGCAACGGAUGUUGCGGUCUGAGCAAAGGCACCCAGUCUGAUGGCCUAAUAUCAGAUACCUCCACCGAAGAAUUAACAUCCAGCAGUUCGACGGAAAAUUUGAAGGAUGACAAAAUCUCUAAAAAACUCCAUGCAAAGCAAUCCAAAGCAGCAAUCAAUGAAUUCCAAAACUCGACUGACUUGAUGAUACAAGCAUCAACCAGUUUGCAUCGAACUCAAACUCAAUAUCAAUUGUAUAUCCAAUGGGGAGUUUUGCUAAGUUUCGGAGUCCUGUUGUGGGUUGCACUAUGGGUGACUGAUAUAUUUAACCCAAACCCAUUCUUAAAGGAGGGUUGGCUUGCAGACGUAGCAACAGCAAAAAAAGUAACUUUGAAAACUGGAAUCGUGAAGAAACCAGCUCCGCCUGUAUGGUGGUUCCAGAAUUUGUGGAAUCAUACUUUGAACUCAUUGAUUUCUGUAACCACUUUGGACAGUGCUGUCUUUCUGACUUGCAUUACAAUUUUGGUUUACCUUGAAUCUCACACAAGAAAUAAUUGGCGAGGAACUCUUGUAAGACUUUACUGCAACAGGGCAGAACAAGGUGAAACUGAUAGGAGCAGUUUCCACUCGAACAUUUCACAAGAAGAUGUAAGAUCAAAAGAAGCAGAUUUCCUAAGUCAUGAUGAUGAUUUAUCGCAAUUUAGUCAUGGCGAUGUUAGAAAUCUAAACCAACAUAAUAAUAUUAGAGGAAAGUCAGAAAUGGGUGAGAAAAGUACGCAGUGCUUGAGGCAGGAAGAAACUUCGACGACUGAAAAUCGACCAAUUGUCCGAAGACAUAGUCAAAAGGCAGCUGGUUUUUAA